AUGAAUCGUCUUUCCUCUGCGGGGUCGGUCUCGAGCGCGCCGAUUUACGCGAAGGCCCUCGCGCAGUUCUCCGUUUGCCGUCAACCCUGGAGUGAGUACAUUAGCUUGCUCACUAAGGAGGAUAGCAAACCUUACCACACGGAGCCCCCCGAGCGGCCGGCGUAUCGGGGUCGAAAACGCGGCCGGGAAGGGUGGCUCUUCGGGCAGCAGGUCCCCUUGCAUUACCACCGCUUUCCCGACGAGCAACUCUUCGCGAACCUCACGCGUUGGCGGAUGGGGGAUACGGUGGGCGACCUCGCCUUGCAGCAGUUUCGAAACGCCCAGCCGUUUGAUAUUGAGGAUAAAGACCCCCAGGGGUUUCAACGCCCUGCGCCGGAGGUGUAUAUGAAGCUGAACUACAAAAACCCCGCGACGAUCUCGCGGUUUUUGACGCGCACCGGUCAUUUUUACCCGCAGGAUAUCCUCCCUCUUAAUCCCGAGGCGGUGGUGAAGCUUCGUGUGGCGAAGGUGCAGGCGAUUCGAAUCGGACUCUACCCACGUUUUGGGAAUCCGUUUUGGUUUCGCUCGCAGCGCUUUCGCCCGAAGGCGUAUCAGGAGAACUACGACCCCACCACCUACUCCACCAAACACACGAUGGAGCACUUUGCGUAUAAUUGGGUUCAGAUGGAUCGCAUUCGGCAAUAUUUUAAAGGGUUAGAAGAACUUCAUGCGCGUCGCCGCGCCGUCGGAUCGGGUGGCAGCGGCACCACCGCCGAGAGCAAGCAACAGGAUCAGUACUAUGCCCCUGAAAACGAGCCGAUCAAUCUUUAUCGCGAUACCCCUGUCUACACGGCCGAGGUGGAGCACUCGGUGAAGAAUCCAACCGUUCCAGGGUUGAUGUCGACGAAGGGGAUGAAAAAGAAGUUCCACAACCUCUACUCCUCGACCUCAACCAAACGAAUGGGGUUUUCGAACCCCACCCUGGGCAUCAAAAAGGUGUAG